AGGCAGAAGGAAGGCCAGCGGACAGCAGCACCCCUUGCCGAGCGAGCGCCUGUGGAGUUCGCGUGGAGGGAUCCACGGAUCGAUCCCGCAAGAUGAACACCCUGCUGUCGCGGGCGAACUCGCUGUUCGCCUUCACGCUGAGCGUCAUGGCGGCGCUCACCUUGGGCUGCAUCCUCACCACCGCCUUCAAAGACAGGAGCGCGCAAGUGCGCCUGCAUGUCUCCAGGAUCCUGCUCAAAAAAGUGGAAGACUUCACUGGACCCAGAAAAAGAAGCGACCUGGGCUUCAUCACAUUCCACAUCUCUGCGGAUCUGGAGAAGACUUUCGACUGGAACGUUAAGCAGCUCUUCCUUUAUCUGUCGGCAGAAUAUUCCACCAAAACCAACGCUGUGAACCAGGUAGUCCUCUGGGACAAGAUCCUUCUGCGAGGCGAGAACCCCAAGCUCAACCUGAAAGAUGUCAAAAGCAAGUACUUUUUCUUUGACGACGGACACGGUCUCAAGGGAAACAGGAAUGUCACUUUGACCCUGUCCUGGCAAGUUAUACCGAUUGCUGGAAUUCUGCCUCUUGUGACUGGAUCUGGACGAGUGUCUGUCCCAUUUCCAGAUUCCUAUGAAAUAGCCAAGACUUUUUAAAGAACUCUGUCUGCAUCUGAAAGGGAUAUCUGUGUACUUAAAGAAUUGUAGUUUAAAAUUCUCAAGAAUCUGAAUGAACUCGUGUUGCAAUAACCCAUUCUUGUAUGUGUGGCACUCCUGCAUGUUCACACUGAAUGUGACUUAGAAGCAGACCUUUUUUCAUCUCUUGUAAAGCAUGCUUGUUACCUGACAAAAACAGCUAAUGUGAUUAUUUGAUAGAUGCCAUAAGUGGUGGAAGUGAUGUAGCUAAUCACUUUUCUUGGAGAGUGAAUACGUGUUUAUUCUGUAAAUCAUUGUAACGCAUUUAAUGGCCGGAUCCCUGAGAAAUGUGGGUCUUUCCAGGCUUUCCCUUCAAAAGUUUUCAUGUUUUACAGCUUUUUAAAAAAACAAUGUUUUAGUAUUGUCAUUGAAAGUUGAACAGUUUUGCUUGAUUUCUCCACUAAGUGAAGCUUAUUUCACCACUAGGUGCUAAUUAUGUACAAUUCUCUGCAACUCUCUAUUUUAAUAAUUGAUUAAUAAUAAUACUUGUGAUAUAAUUUUCCAUUUACAAACUCUCUUAUGUGCCAUUGUAUUCUAUUACAAGUAAUCUGGGAAUGUUUAUAAACAAACAUUGGCUCUCUCUCCAUGAAGCUUGGUGAAUCAUUUCAAACUUAAGUAGUAGCAAGGAAUGGAGUCAGACUUUGAUCUUAAAUAUUGUCAUUCCCUAUUGUCAUACCUGAGAUGAUGUAGUAGUACAAUUUUAUUUGUAAUUUACAUUUUUUGUAACCCUGAGUCCUUUUGUCUUGAUGUUUCCAAUCUUAUGUAAAAGUAAUGUGUGCUCAAGUUGUAAAAAACUUCUAUAAAAAUACCUCCUU